UCCUCCUCUCUCUCUCUCUCUCUCUCUCUCUCUAAACAGUCAUUCCACCACAACACACAGACAUGGCCUCAGCCAUGGGCUCACAACCUCACUCCCCACCCCUCACCUCAAACCCAAAAAGCCUGAAACCCACCAUCUUCAAAAACCCAAUCUCUCGUAUCAAAAGAAGAACCCUAACAUUAUCAUCUCUGACCGCCAUUACAGCAACCUCCAAAACGCUCUUCAUAUCCCCAUCUCCUGCUCUCUCUCUUGAUUUCAGGAUAACAACCCCUGAUUUGACCCCGGAAGAAGCAAAAUCUAGAGCACAAAAGCACGCAGAAGAGCUAAAGAAGCUCGAGUCUCUGAUCAGUGAGGCUUCAUGGAAAGACGCUCAGAAGUUUCUGAGGUUGAAUGCAUCUCCUCUCCGAGUUGAGCUCAACACCAUUAUUCAGUCAAGACCAGGGGAGCAGAGGCCACAGCUUAGAAACCUCUAUUCCAAGAUCUUCAAUAGCGUUACUGGGCUAGAUUACGCGGCGAGAAGCAGGAGCUUACCACGUGUGCAAGACUGCUUUGAGUCGAUGAUAGUGACCUUAGAUAGUUUCUUAAGCCAAGUACAGUAAAGUCUCGCGAGAAGAUACUGUACCCUUGCUCGCGGGGGCGAAAGACAUGCGGGUAGUUUUUGGAUGGAAAAUUUUGUUAUCUAAAUCUCCGGAUUAGUAGUU